CUUCUAUUCUCAGGUAUUAAGAAUAGCAAUUAGCAAACAAACAAUAGCUACGACAGGAGGAUUUCUCUCAGGGUUUAGGUUAUGGCUUCAAAGCGGAUCUUGAAGGAGCUCAAGGAUCUCCAGAAAGAUCCUCCUACCUCUUGCAGUGCAGGCCCUGUUGCUGAAGACAUGUUUCAUUGGCAAGCAACUAUUAUGGGUCCUCCAGACAGUCCAUACGCUGGUGGAGUGUUCUUAGUCUCAAUUCAUUUCCCCCCAGACUAUCCAUUUAAACCACCCAAGGUUGCAUUCAGGACAAAGGUCUUUCACCCUAAUAUUAACAGCAACGGUAGCAUUUGCCUUGAUAUUCUGAAGGAGCAGUGGAGCCCUGCCCUUACCAUAUCCAAGGUGUUGCUCUCAAUCUGUUCACUGUUGACGGAUCCAAAUCCUGAUGACCCUCUGGUGCCAGAGAUCGCCCACAUGUACAAGACCGACAAGAACAAGUACGAGACAACUGCUCGGAGCUGGACCCAGAAAUAUGCUAUGGGUUAGUAUGCCAUAUAUAAUAGAAGAGUUUCAAUGCCCUGUUGGCUUUGGUCUUUUAAAACUAACAUGUAUGAAUCAGUAUGUGUGCUGUGAUGAUCUUAUUUAGCGGGCCGAGCCCUCCUUAACAAAACAACACAUUUUCCGCUUUA